CAGAAAGAACAGGCAAAAUGCAGACAGGGGACAGGACAAAGCACUAGGGACACAAUUUUAGAAAAAAAUGACAUUUUUUUAAAAUUUUCAAAUUUCCUGCCGAUUCCGGCGCCCGUACGUCCCGACGUCACAGGGACCGAAACACAGAAGCCGGAUGCCGGCAUCGGCCGGAGGAGAUGGCCGGGGACGCUGCAGGGGACACAUCGCGGGAGCAAAGGACAAGGUAAGCUCUUCAGGGAAUCCCUAUGCAGCGCUGCAUGGUAAGCCCGAGUGUAGCUCGGGGUUACUGCUUUUGGUACUGACAU